UAUGACACCUCAGCAUUGUUGACAACAAGUGUCGAAAACGAAAACGACAGAACUCAAAAUUUUUCAUUUAGAUUUUUUUAUUUUUAGUUGUUAGUAUUCUUUCUCAACAUCCUUCAUGGAAAAUUCAGCAGUUUUUUCAGAAGAGGCAGCUGAUGAAAUCGAAAAAAACCAUGUAUUUCACGUUUACGAACAAAUCUCUGAUCAUUUCAGUGAAACCAGACAUUCGCCGUGGCCUAAUGUAAAAGAGUUCAUAGAUAGUUUUCCUGCUGGAGCACUUCUGGUUGAUGUUGGAUGUGGAAAUGGAAAAUAUUUAAAUUGUUCCAAGUCCUUGUUUAGCAUAGGAUCUGACCGUUCAAGUAAACUGUUACAAGUUUGCAGAAGUCGUGGUGGACAUCAAGUUGUCAAUGCCGAUUGUCGUGUUUCACCAUUUCGUGAUGGUAUAGCUGAUGCUGUGAUCAGUAUCGCGGUGAUUCAUCAUCUGGCAACUGAAGAACGACGUUUGCUGGCUCUUCAAGAUAUCAGCCGAUUACUAUCGAAAGGAGGUCGAGCUCUAGUGUACGUUUGGGCUAAAGAGCAGAAAAUAGGGACGAAAAAGUCAACUUAUUUGCUACAAAAGAAGAACGAAGUCUCUAGGACAGAAGAGGCGUACCCGUCAACAAUCUUACCAGUGCACGAAAACCGGACAGAGUUCAAACAUGCUGAUGUUCUUGUUCCUUGGAAACUGAAAUCGAAAACUUCCGGUAGUAAGGAACUGGAUCCUGGUAUUAAUCCUUCCGCCUUCCUCAGAUUUUACCAUGUUUUCAAGGAAGGUGAAUUGGACAGUUUAUGUUCCAGCAUUCCCAACAUCUCUAUUUGCCGCAGUUAUUAUGAUGAAGGUCUAGCUGGAAACCGAUUCUUCGGGAGCCCAAAAUAAGUUGCUGUUUCUUUAAUAGUUUGGAAACGUCGAUCUUUUCCAUGCCGUAUGGGACUGGUCUUUUCUGCUGUACCACAAGUAGCUUCAUCUGACAACUAUAUGACGGUCUAUUCAAGGUUAGUGAUCUUUUUAUUGUCGUAUUUUCUACAUGUACAUAACUAGUCAACGUUUAAGAAGGUUAAAUAUGGUCAUUUUAG